GCACCUUGUUCUCCAUUCUUUCUGCCUUUCUGCUCUGCGCGCCUCCCUCGCCUCCUCUUAAGCCAGGGAGUUCACCGUCAUCCACCUUCGCACCCACCAACUUGCACGAACGCAACGAACGAGCCCACUGUAUCCCUUGCAUUGAAGACGACGUCAGCGGAGGAUAACCUCGACGCAUACAUCCAUACCCUCGGACACAAAGGCACCACUCCACCCCCUACGACAUACGGCACAGCAACCCAUCGCCCACCUGACUCGCUUUGCUCCCUACACCGACAGCACCGGAGAGCCACCACGAUCGAUCACCAAGCAACAAACAUGCCGAGCGCGAAGCCGCCGAGCACUGGCUCAAGCCAUGGGCACGGCCACCACGGGUCGAGCAGCAGCCAGGUCGACCGCGCGAUAGAGCAGAUCAAGCACAAGCAGCCGCUGCCGAGCAUCGACUUCACGAAGCAGGAGUUCGAGGGGCAUCUCAUCAGCACGCAGGAGCGGGUCGUCAGAGACGUACACGCCCCCGUCUCCCACAUCCCCACCGACGCCGACUUCUUCUCCAAAGACGACCCGGCGAAACCGGACCCCGCCUUCCUCAAGGAACACUUCUUCCGCGAGGGCCGCAUACGCGAGGACCACGCGCUCUACAUCAUCGAGCAAGCGACCGCGCUCCUUAGGGCGGAGCCCAACGUGCUCGCCGUGGAUGCGCCCAUCACUGUGUGCGGGGAUGUGCACGGGCAGUAUUACGAUCUCAUGAAGCUCUUCGAGAUCGGUGGGUCGCCAUCAAACACGCGCUAUCUUUUUCUCGGGGACUAUGUCGAUAGGGGCUACUUCAGCAUCGAGUGCGUGCUUUAUCUGUGGACGCUCAAGAUAUGGUAUCCGGAAAGCCUCUUCCUCCUCCGCGGGAAUCACGAGUGCCGGCAUCUGACGGACUACUUCACGUUCAAGCUCGAAUGCAAACACAAGUACUCGGAGCGCGUGUACGAGGCGUGCAUCGAGUCGUUCUGCGCGCUCCCGCUCGCUGCGAUCAUGAACAAGCAGUUUCUCUGCAUCCACGGUGGCAUCUCGCCCGAGCUCAUGACGAUCGACGAUCUGCGGCGGCUGGACCGCUUCCGCGAGCCGCCGACGGAGGGCCUGAUGUGCGAUAUCCUGUGGUCAGACCCCGUCGAGGACUUUGGCGAGGAGAAGUCGAAGCAGAAUUUUAUACAUAAUCAUGUGCGGGGGUGUUCGUAUUUCUUCACAUACCAGGCCGUGUGCCAAUUCCUGGACCGCAACAACCUUCUCUCGCUCAUCCGCGCGCACGAGGCGCAGGACGCCGGAUACCGGAUGUACCGCAAAAACAAGAGCACGGGCUUCACGUCCGUCAUGACGGUCUUCAGCGCGCCCAACUACCUCGACGUGUACAACAACAAGGCGGCGGUGCUCAAGUACGAGGGCAACGUGAUGAACAUCCGGCAGUUCAACAGCUCGCCGCACCCGUACUGGCUGCCGAACUUUCGGGACGUGUUCACGUGGAGCUUGCCGUUUGUCGGGGAGAAGAUCACGGAGAUGCUGGUCGCGGUGCUGAAUAUGUGCUCGAAGGAGGAGCUGGAGGAGACGAGCGAGGAUGAGGAGUGGACGGCGGUGCCGGCGUCGGGCGAGGACGCGGAUAUGCAUGAGGAGAAUGCGGCGUGGGUGCGCAAGGGCGCGCUGAAGAAGAAGAUUUUGGCUGUAGGGAGGCUGUCGAGGGUGUUCUCGUUGCUUCGGGAGGAGGCGGAGCGGGUGUCAGAGCUGAAGAGCCUGAGCGGGUCGAACAAGCUGCCGUAUGGCGCGCUCGCGUCUAACCUGGGCAUCGAAGCGGACCGGGGGGCGAUAUCGACGUUCGAAGACGCGCGGAAAUCGGACAUCGAAAAUGAACGGCUCCCACCCGCACUCAUCGAUGCAGAAGACGCCAAAGCGUUCCUCACCUCUCCCACCGAAGCCGCCGCCUCAAAUCCGGCAAGCGGCACAGCGGAGCACGGCCCGAUGGACGUCGACCUCCCUCUCGACGCGAUCAACACCGCGCUCGAAUCCUCGCCACCCGUUGUCCCUCCCGCCUCCCGCACCUCGGCCGCGUCUCCGCUGUCGCCAAUCAGCACUGACACGUCUCCCAGCACUGGCACUGCAGAGAACGGAUACGGAUACAGUCCAGGCGCGGGUGUGGGGAGCCCGAGCGCGGGGAGAGGGCCGGGGAUGCCGACGAGCCCGAUGAGCCCGAUCUCGCCGGGGGGCGGGGGCUCGUUUGGGCGGAACGGGUUCAGGCAUGGAAGGAUGGCGAGUCUGGGGACGACGCAUACGAGUCCGAGCACGCGGAGGCGGAGCAUUGAGAGUACGAUUUCGAUGAUUCAGGAGGCGCUGGAUGGGAAGGAGGGAUAGCUGGGCUGGCUUGAGCGUUGACUGCGUGAGGGCUGUGUGGGUGCGGUGUCGGAUCCUUGUUUUCCUUUUUCUUGUGCUUUGAAAUGAGCGUAGACGGAUGGAAGGAUUGUAUCGAGAACUGUGUGUAUUCUAUAGCUACAUUCAAGACAAUGCCAUGUACAGUACUAUUGCGACAAGUUCCGUGCUCUGUUACUUAUAUU